UCAAACAACAGAUUGUGCAUAUAUCUAAAGCCAAGCAUUAUGUUUCGUUGGCGAAAUGGCAAGUCCACGCAAUUAUCUAAUGCUAUGUCUAUUGUGGAACUUUUGGUGCAUAUGGAUUGUGAAGGAUGCGAAAAAAGGAUACGAAGAGCGAUUUCGAAAAUAGAGGGUGUGGAUAGCUUAGAAAUAGACAUGGAUAAGCAAAAGGUGACGGUGACGGGGUAUGUGGAUCAGCGGAAGGUGUUGAAGGUUGUAAGAAGAACAGGAAGGAAAGCGGAGUUUUGGCCCUUCCCAUACGACACCGAAUACUAUCCGUAUGCAUCUCAAUACUUAGACGAGUCCACGUAUUCGUCUUCGUAUAACUACUACAUGCACGGCUCUAACGAAAGCGUACAUGGCUACUUCCCGGACCCUUUAUACUCAACCGUCGCCGAUCAAACUGUACAUCUCUUCAGUGACGACAAUGUUCAUGCAUAUUGCACCCUUAUGUGAUCAUCCACUCACUCACUCUGCUAGCUUCUUAAUUUUCAAAUUAGUCAUCCAAAAAUGUUUUCAAUUUAAUUUGCUGCAGAAAAAUUUAUAUGUACAUGGGUGACAGUGUAUGUGUAUAGUAAAAUUUGGCACAUGACACGAAGUAAAUUCUGGAGCAAUGGUUUUUCUUUGUCAC